GCGCCACUGCGCAACACCGACUGGGAUGGCUUUGAGACGUGCUGGGGCGACGUGUUCGCAACGGGAAUCGCCGCCGACUUGCGCCAAGACCUCGGUGGCCGCCUGUGGCUGGAAGCGACGCAAGCCAACGCCAACUCGGAGGAGAGCGAGGCCGCCUACUGGACUAGCACCGGGCUUGUAGCCUACACAGCCGCCUGGCAAAACUACAAGUCGGUGGGGCUUCUCAACACCUUCAACGUCGUCACGGCGCUCGGACGCGCCUUCCCGUUCACGCUGCAAGCGUCGAACGGCUCGCUCCAUCUGGAGACGCAGACGUCGUACAAGAUGUACUGGAAUUUGGCGAGCGAUUUCUGGGCUCUCGCCACCAAUGACUCCGGUGUCACUGGGAAGUCGCUGCUGCGAUCGAGCGCCCGCUUUGCCUUUGCCAACACGUCGAUGCUCGACGGGUACUACCGCAACGGCUCGAUGAGCGCACCCUUGGAUCCUGCCUACCACGUGUUUCAGUCGCAUCUCGGUGCGUUUGGGUCCGUGGACCUGCGCCAUGUACCGUGCCCGGCGUCGCUUGCCACCCUCGUGCGCGAUGUCCACGAAGCGCUGCGGAGUGUCCUGGCCAACACGACGGACAUCCAUGGUAGCUACACGGCGCAGACCGCGUACCUCGAGCUCGUGACCAUGCAGGGUCUCGUGGCCGUGCCGAGUUCUCUCGACGCAAGCUCGCAGUUCUCGGCGGGUAGCAACCUCCUCUGCCAUGCCCCGCUCUCCUCGUUCAAUCUCUCGUCCGGUCUCCCGUCGUACUUUGGCGUCGCGGUUGGCUGCAACGUCGUCUUUGGCGAGUGGGUGUAUGUCAUGAAGGACCAGAUCCUCUUUGCCUUGCUGGCCUCGGGCAUUGCUUUGGCCCCGACAUUGCACAUUCCGUCCACGUGCAAAGUGGAAGCGGUGUCGCCGUCCGACUGCCGGGCCAUGCUCACGAGCAUCUCCGCGUUCCUUCAUACGUACUUUGCACCCGCGUAUCUGCAGGCACUGCGGGCGCAGGCGCAGCGCGUGCAAGGCGAUGUGAACGCGCUCUCGGUGGACCUUGCCACGUACCUCCAAGAUGCCAGCACGAGUGAGAUCUCGCUUUUCCACCAGCGAAUCUUGGACGAUGCGGAUGUGCCCAUGCAGCUGACCGGUUGGACGAAUCUCUACGACUGGGUCCUCGGCUUCCGCGAGGUCGUCGCCUUUGAAGCCGACAACGCGUCGCUCACCGUCAUGUCGACAGCGUAUACGUCGACAACGUUUGCGGCAAGUGCGGCCGAGGUGCCCAUCAACGUGGCUACGUACCUCCGCGUCUUUUGCCAGUACAUCUCGCUGCUCCUCCUCGUGCUCUCGCUCGUUGCGAUGUCGUACACGGUGCAAAACCGGUUCACGAGCGAGGGCUUCAACCUCUUUGAGGUCAACCGCGUCGGCGGCAUGGUCUGGAUCGGCCGCCCGAUGCUGUUCCUGCGCAGUGUGACCGCACUUUGCAUUCUCAGCACUGCGACGCUACAGCUGCAGCUCGCCGGCAAGGCCACGACCCUCGAUCCGGCCCGUCAAGACGUUUCGCCCUUCCUCGCUAUCUGCACGAAAGUGCUCGCAGCCGGCGAGCUCGGCUGGCUUGUCUACAUUGCCGACGACAUCUGCAUGGUCAUCACGCAGCAGUACACGGCUUCGUACACCUUUAAGAGCGCGCUGCUCGCCUGGGCGAUCGCCGCCAUGCUUAGCCUUAUCGCACCCGUCACGCACAGCGUGGACUUGGAGCUUCGCUGCGCCGUGGACGUGACCGACUACCAAGCCGUGUGCUCGAGCGGGCACGUGGUCAUCGGGAGCCUCUCUCGUCUGCUCUUGCUCGUUGCCAUCGCGCUCGGCAGCUCCGUCUCAAUGUACCUCCACGACCGCCUGCGCUAUACGUUGCCGCCGCCGACCGAGAAGCCGUCGUAUCUGCUCUCUUGUGGCGCCAAGUACCUCUUUGAAAAGACCGGGUGGGUGCACGACUGCGUGUACCACGUCGACGUCGCCUCGGCCGCCUUGACCGGCCUCCUCACGUGGCGAAAAGACGACGUGAUCUACGUCUUUGACGUCAAGACAUGGCGCGUCUAUACGAUUCACACGACGGCGUCCAUGCAGAAGGGUACCCAGAGGGAGCUCCGGCUUCAUGGGGCGCUACCGCUUGUCGAGUAG